AUGAUUGGACAUAUAUGUACAGAACUGAGAAAAUGUGAAUCACCUGUGGGAUAUUUGGCUCACCACAUGUUUACCGUUGGUAUGGAUGUAAAGAGAAUAUCCUUUUUUAGUGCUCUGACAGCUUUAAUAGGUAUACCAACUGGUGUGAAGGUAAUUUCGUGGGUGUCUAUGCUAACCACCGGAUCAGUUGGUUUGGGUGAUCCGGUGGUUUGGUGGUUUGGUGGUAUAACUGAAAUAGUGUUGUCUGCUUCAAGUGUUGAUAUUAGUUUACACGAUUUGUCGUUUGUGUCUCAUUGCAUUGUUUCAGCUGUUGGGUUUAAUUUGUGUUUCUUUCCGAUGCAUUAUUUUGGGAUGUGUUGUUUACCGCGUCGGGUUUGUGUCUAUGAUUCGUCCUUCUAUUGGAUGAAUGGUGUGUGCACAAUGGGUAGGUUUUUAUCUUCUUUUAGUGCUUGUUUUUUAUGUAUAUAUUAUGAAAUUCGUUGGUGGAACGAGAUUUGUUUGUGGGGAGUUUUCGUAAUACAGGUCCAUCAUUAA